CAACGACGAAGAGCUUCACACAACAGAGGGAGGGAAAAAAAAACAUCAUCAGCAGCAGCAGCUCCUCCUUCACCACCAGACGUGCAUCCACAGCUUAGGCCAAGACGCCUCUACCUUCCCCGGGCAUCUAAAAGCUCCCCCCACACAGAAAAAGCUCUCCCAGGCAUGACCUGAGUGAGGCAGACAGCCGUCAGUCGCUCUCCAUCGACAUGGGCAACCAGGAGGCUAAGCAAAGGAAAGCUGCGGCAGCAUCGGGAAAUGGAAGCUACCCAUCACUGGAUGAAGGAUGGAGAGAGGGAGGAGGGGAUGUGACAAAAAAGGGAGGAAAGAAGCUGCACGCUAAGCAUGGAGGUAAAGGAGCAGGCAGCAGUGGAGGAGGAGGGGGGAUGCAUGGCACAGGACCAGGCAGGAAAAAAAACAAAUCCGAGUCCAAGCCCUCUGUUUUCUCCAUCCGCAAGAGAAAGAGCAACCUGAAAGGGAAAGGAGACGCGUCUUCCUCUGUAACAGGCUCAAAGGAGGACGUGUUAGCAUCACAACAAGAUGAGCUGGACAGGACAAAAACACCUGAUCUGUCAGCAGAUGAGCUCGGACAGUCGGACACCGAGGCUGCUUUGCCCGAGAAGAGGAAGAAAGUGGAGCCAGUGAACAAGGAUGGAGAUGGAGGAGGAAGAGAGCAGAGUCAGGAGGUGCAGCGGAAAACCUCGACAGCAGCGACCUCUCCCGCAGAGAAUGGACGGCAGAAGGGAGGGAGCUCUGGGUCAGACACUGAUAUUUACAGCUUCCACUCAGCAGCAGACCACGAGGAUCUGCUAGCGGACAUCCAGCUCGCUAUAAGGCUGCAGCACCAACAGCAGCAGGGGGUGGUUAACUCGACUGUGGAAGUACAGGGAGGGGGGGAGGAGAAAGGGAAGAGGAGUAAUGGAGUAGUUCAAUUAACUCCUCCUGAAGCACUUGACCUGACCCCAGAAUUAGAAGCGGCGUCUGAUGCGCUGUCAUUCUUAAAGACGGGGACUCUGUCUGGCUCAGUUAAGGACAUGGACCAGCCUCCAACAAUCAACCCCACCAUCCACACAGAGGUGCAGGAGAGCAAGGAGGAGAAGGUGCAGAGGGAGGAGGUGGAGUAUCUGGAGUUAAACGGGAAGGGACAGAGGGAGGGAGAGGGAGAAGCCUCUCUUUGUUUUGCCACAGGCACAAAAGAGCAGCAUGGUUUGGUACAGCAGCCCGCUUGCACGGCAGUCACCAUGGCUACUGUAGGGGGGGUGGCAGUCAAGCCAGUCACCAUGACAACCAGUGGCAACAGCUUCCCGGAUCACAUACCCCCAAGGGAGGAGGAGGAAGCUGGAGGCGAAACCCCUCAGGAGGAGAGGGAGCCUGGGGUGGAUAUGGAUCUCAGUCCUCCUCCCGCAGACAGCCACAACACAAGCCCUGAAGCCACCGAUGGGCUGAGGCCAGGCAUCCUGUCCGAGGAAGGUGAGGGUCCGUUGGGCUCGGGUACUAGUGCAGAGUCCCUUGAGGACUGCCUAAGUGCCAGCUCUGAGCACCACUCUGCUUCAGCCAGCACCAGUGCCUCCCCCUCCACCCAGCGGUGCAGGAGGAGCAGCAUCUGCUUCACCCCACUGCCUCCCCAGGAGAGCCCCACAUUGGCCAAACGACUCCUCAGGUCCACCCACUCCUCCACCUCCUCUAGCCCUGUGGUGAAACCCUACCCUCCUAUCUUCCCCUCCUACAUAAAGACCACCACCAGGCAGCUCAGCUCCCCAGGACACUCCCCAUCCCUGUCCCCAUCCCACAGCCCUCUGUCCCCGCGUAGAGUCCACCAUCACCUCCACAGGAUGAUGGCUGAGGGUCAGCGGGCCCGUAGGCAGCGCUCCCGGAGCCUGGCCGGGUCUCUGAGUCGCUCAGCUGACUGGACAGAGGAGCUCGAGAGGAGGCUGAGGAGCAGAGAGGAGGAUGGAGGAGGCUCUGGUGGUUCAAGAGAAUAUCUGGAGGGCUACAGAGGAGGAGGCAGCCAGCCCCUGUGUGCGACCAGAAGAUCUUCCUGUGGACAGGUUUCCACCUGCGGCUUUCCGGACGUCUUUACAGGUCGCACCCUGCUGGAGAAGCUGUUCCUGCAGCAGGAGCAGCAGGAGGAGCCCGAGGAGGCCGAGAGGCUGUGCUCCAGGAUCUUGGCCAUGGGCCUCCUGCUGCCGUUCAGCGACUGCUUCAGAGAGAAGCUGGGUGACAGCCCUGCACACAUCACCUCCACACCAUCAGCCAGGUUCGACCAUGACCAGUUGUAUACAUGGGCAGCAGUUAACCAGCCGCCACACUCCCUGGAUCUGCUUGAUGGGAGGCCUCCUGGGCAGAUCAAGGGUCCCUUGCCCCCAACCAGGCCUGGUUCAGAAAAUAGGAACGUAUUCAAAUCCACAGAUGCUGUAUUUGUUGAGGACAAUCAAGAGCAUCCUGCAGCCAUGUUGGGUUUGAAGCAACCACAGGAGGAGAGUCAAGAUUGUCUGGAAGAAAGAGUCCUACCUUCCACAAAACUGAAGGAGAAGCACAUUAACGUCAUCCAGCAGCUGGAACAAACCAUAGAGGACCUCAGGACUAAGAUCGCUGAGCUGGAGCGACAGCCCCCUCUGCUGGACAGCGACAGUAUGAAACCCACCACCUCCACCACGGAUAAGGAGUGUGGGGGGGAGGAGGGCUUGCUGAGGGAUGUGUGUGACGCCCACCUGCAGACAGAGGCCCCUCCCUCUCCGGGCUGCCUGGAGGCCAAGUCGGUUCAGACCUCGCCCAUGGACGACAGCUUUAAGUUCAAAGUGCCUUGCAGCGAGUCGGGUGGAGAGACCGGCUCCCUGCAGCCCCCCCCCCAGUGUUCGUGUCAGCAGCAGCCUCCGUCUCAUCCAGCACAGACUGUGGCACCUCCUCCUCCUCCUCCCCCACCCUUACCAGUGGGCUCAGUGCCUCCUCCUCCACCACCACCUCCUCUACCACCUGGUUCAGCAUUCUCUCCUCCUCCUCCUCCUCCUCCACCUCCUCCUCCUCCUCUUCCUGGUGGUCUCAUGCCACCCCCACCUCCCCCUCCUCUGCCUGGUGGCAGUGCUCCACCUCCACCUCCACCGCCACCUCCUCUCCCUGGUGGCACUGCCCCUCCCUCCCCUCCUCCUCCAUUGCCAGGAUUCGGAGGCCCACCUCCUCCUCCUCCACCACCACCACCUCCAGGCUGUGGGCCUCCUCCUCCCCCUGCUCCACCAGGAGCCAUCUUCGGUGCCCCGGCUCUCCCAGGCGGUAUGGGCUCGCUGCCUCCUCCUCUGCCGUUUGGGCUGUAUGCUCUGGGUCUGACUCAGGAGAAACCCCCACGGAAGGCUUUGGUGGAGCCACCCAGACCCAUGAAGCCACUUUACUGGACCAGGAUCCAGCUGAACACCAAAAAGGAGGUUUCUUCUUCAUUGGUGUGGGACACAAUUGAGGAGCCUGACAUGGACUUUGAAGAGUUUGUGGAGUUGUUCUCGAAAACAGCUGUGAAGGUUAAGAAGCAGCCGCUCUCCGACACCAUCACCAAGUCCAAGGCCAAACAGGUUGUGAAGCUCCUAAACAACAAGCGAUCUCAGGCAGUAGGAAUCCUCAUGUCCUCCCUGCACCUCGAUAUGAAAGAUAUCCAGCAUGCCAUCCUGAACUUGGACAACACGGUAGUGGACCUGGAGACCCUCCAGGCCCUGUAUGAAAAUAGGGCACAGCAGGAGGAAAUGGACAAGAUUGAAAAGCACAUCAAGUCCUCUAAAGACAAAGAGAAUGCUAAACCUCUGGACAAACCUGAGCAGUUUCUCUACCAGCUCUCCUUGAUCCCAAACUUCUCUGGCAGAGUUUUCUGCAUCCUUUUCCAGUCCAGCUUCUCCGAGUGCAUAUCGUCGCUAACGAGGAAACUGGACAUGCUGCAGAGAGUCUGUGAGGCCUUACAGGACGAUGAGAGAGUGAAGCAGGUUCUGGGUCUGGUCCUGGCCUUUGGUAACUUCAUGAAUGGUGGUAAUCGAACCAGGGGCCAAGCUGAUGGCUUCUCCCUCGACAUUCUGCCCAAACUGAAAGAUGUCAAGAGCAGCGACAGCACGAGAAGUCUUCUGUCUUAUAUUGUUGCGUACUACCUCAGACACUUUGAUGAGGACGCUGGCAGGGAGACGUGUGUGUAUCCCCUCCCGGAGCCUCAAGAUUUGUUCCAGGCUUCACAGAUGAAAUUUGAAGACUUUCAGAAAGACCUGACUCGACUCAGGAAGGACCUCAGAGCAUGUACAUCAGAAGUUGAAAAGGUGUGCAAAGUUUCGGAUGAGGAUAACUUGCAGCCUUUCAAAGAUAAUAUGGAGGAAUUCCUGAAACACGCUAAAAGUGAAAUGGAGACGCACGAAGGUCAACUCAGCAGCACUCACAAACUGUUCAUGGAGCUCACAGUGUUCUUCUCAGUGAAGGCCAAGGGAGGAGAGAAGGAGGUCUCACCCAACACGUUCUUCUGCAUCUGGCAUGAGUUCUCCUCUGACUUCAAGGACCAGUGGAAGAAGGAGAACAAAACCAUUCUCAAGGAGAGGUUAAAAGCAGCAGAGGAGAGCUUCCGCCAGGCCAAGGAGAAGGCUUCCUACAGCGUCAAACCCAAACACGCCUCUGGCAUCAAAGCCAAGCUGGGCAUGAAGAUCUGACCCCUGGCACGUUUGUUUUCCCAACUGUGGGCACCAGCAGUGAGUCAAAGACAAACAGUACGAAGAGGACGGAAAGGAAAACGGAAGGGACGGCACUAAUGUGAACGACAUGCACUGUAUGUGCAGCUGUGCCCACUCUGGACAUCUUGUUUGAUCACUGGUUAAUUUGCAGACUUUUUUCUGCUCUGUCAUCCUGUUGCCUUAUGUUGCUAAGUACAACACAGUCAUGGGAGGAUGCUGCUGCUGCAGGGGCCACCGGGCACAAGGAAUCGUGGACUGCUGGGAUCAGUGCAGCUCACACACACGACAUACAUUAUACAUCAGCUGGAAGAACUCACUGUCUGUGCAAGCCUAUAAGCCCACAUCAUCAUUUUGCCGCAGAAUGGUGGAGUCCAACAGCAAGACCACAAUGUUUCAGGAGCAAUGAAUAUGUUGAGCACUUAUUCCCCCGACUGUAACCUCAACAAAUCACCACAAGCUCGGCGAGGAAGACAGCUGGUUUAAAAUGUGACAUGACUCAGUAUUACGUUAUAAAUAUUAACUGCAACUGUCUGCCAGGGCACAUGGUGUUAUUUCAGUUUAAUUCCCUAACUCUCACUCUCAGUAUUCCUCAGUUUGCCUUGGCUAUGCAAUAAGAGAAAAAACAUACAUCCAGAACUGAGCCUGUGCAGGAUUCACAGCAGUAUUGUCCCGAGCAGAGACGGAGACUUCAGUUCGUGUCUCCUCAUAAUGUGAAAAUCCUCAAGACGUACACACAGUUUAUAGAACUUGAGCAGAGGGACCUUGUAGCUUUCCAGCCCAAUGAUUCCAUGCUGUCGGUUUUCAGGAACAUCAGCUUGAUCCACAUUAAACAGCUUUGCAAUUGCAUUCAUUUGCUUUUGCUUUGCAAACUCAGAUGUCAGAGCAGGCUUUUGUUCUCGCAGUGUGUGGAAAUGCACAGAGUUACCCCUUCAAUAACUUAAAUUUAGCUUCGAAUGGUUACACAUUUGAUAACAGAGAGCUGAGAAGCAGGUCGGGACCUUGCAGCUUGAUGAGCUACUUGGCGAUGUCCAGCAUGAACGCCAAAUCCCACAGCCAUAUUCCAUCACUCAGUUCCAUGCCAGGUUUUUCCUUUAUCUCCAUGGGUUGUUGAACUCCGUGAAUGACCCAACCAUUUCACCUCACUGUGGUUAAUCAAAUCUUCAUCUUCCACCUCCAGCUCACUCAUCCUUGAAGUGGUGUUUGUUCAGCCCUCUGCUUCUGACUUGGCUUGUAAAGACAUUCAUUCCUCCCCUCUCCAGAUCCAACAGUGGCAGUGAUCCCACAAACAAAAACUGGCUUGUUGUUCUGUAUUGGUUAUGUCAGUAGUUUCAUCACAGGUCAGGGAGAGAAACAAACUGACACUUUGGAACGAUUUGACUUUGUCCACAGCGGCAACAAGGCUCCACACUUAAUAAGGCUUCAGUGUCUUAACAAUCAGCUCCCUCAGAGUCAACUUUAUCUCAGAACAUUUGUCCUUAUCUGGUUAAGCCGCAAGUUUCCAGCUGUAAUAAUGCUGAGAUUGUUGUUUGCAUCACUGUGAUACUGGUUUGUCUUUAUUUACACAAAAUAUAGAUUCAAACAUUUAAGCUUCCCGAUCCAUUGGAUGUGAACGGUUUACUAGUUUGCAAGUUUCAAUGAACAUAGCCGCGGAGCAAUGGCGAAUACAGCACAAGGUUAAGGGGGGUGUAAGUCUACAAAGCGAAACAGUGAGACUGAUGGAUCUGGAAAGGCCCUAAUGAUAGUCAUGGGAAAAAGCCAAACAUCUGUAUCGGCAAAUCCCUCAUUUGUGUUACCUCACGCAAAGGAGGUUAUGUUUUCAGUCACAUCAUAUUUGGCUUUUGGUAGCAUAAUGUGAUAAUGUAUAAAGCCCCUUAUAUUUAAGCUCUGCAACUACCAUGAUUAAGGAAGUGACAAAUUUCCCCCAUUUAGAUUUUUCAUCCAUUCUUACUUUUUUCAUCCAGACUAAAUCUCACCAUAUCUAAGUCUUUGUUGAUUAUGCCAUUAUUAUGUCUCCUAAAACAAAAGAAAUCUUCAAAAAUCAGCAGCCAUUGGUGUAACAGACAGCUGGAUUGACUGGCAUUGAUAAGAAGCACUUGUAGGGAGAGUCAGUGAUAUACAGACCUAUUCUGGCUUUACUGUACAAAUAUUAAAAUGUAUAGUUGCAACGUGCUGUAUUGAAAAGCAACAUAAAUGUGGGUUAGCCCAAUCAACAGCCCAGAACGCACUUGGACUCACACAUUACCACAAUGCUGCUGUGAAUCUCCAGCCUGACCUUCCAAUCAGACUGCACCUCUCAGUAGAAAGUCACACACCAUAUACAAUUUUUACAGCACUGUUGAUGGGCAGGACAAGUCAGCUUACAUGUGUAUUUAAAAUAUGUUACAAUGAUAUGCCAUAUCAUAUCAGAUACAAGUGUGUGAGUUUGUGUGUGUGUGUGUGUGUGUGUGUGUGGGUGAUAGCUGUGAGAUGAAGGAUGUGCAUCACACUAUGAAUCACAGCUGUUCAAUUUUCUUGUAGAGUUAAUGACUUUAUUAAUGUAAAAUAAUAAAUGACAAUGAGACACAUUUUGCGUUUCUGUCGAUGUCCUCCUCUGUUGGCUCGCAUGCUAUUCACAACAGGAACUUAACAUCUGUUUUCUGCAAUAAAUGCUUCUGUAUACAUCUAUGUGAGCAGGAUGCAUGGGGUCCGGUUGCAGUGUAAAUUCUGUAAAAUAAAGAGACUUGAAUUCUGCA